ACUUUGUUUUUGCAACCAGUUGGAAAUUGGUUUGCCGUUUAUUGUUAUAAGUUCAAUAUUUCUUCUACAACUAUUCUAAAAAAUGAGUUUUUUAGUGAUGUCUUACAGUACGUAUGUGUCAGGUUCUGAAUCGUUCUUGAAGGUUGAUUUUGUGCUCAAAAAAAUAAUAAAAUUAACCAGAUUGAUUUAUUUCGUCUAAAUGCAAUCAGCUCAAACAUCAAGGUAUAAAAAUGCCACCCGUCUUUGUGGUUUUAUUUAUAGUAGGGUAAGAAUUCAAUCAAUCAGCUUGGAUGUGCAUGUUUUGCCAACGAGUGAUUUUUUUUUUCGAAUAGCUUCCUUGUUAACGUUCUCUAGUGUGAAUGGUUGGGCAGGGGGGAAAGCGAGAGGGUAUUAAUAAGGUCGUUUUUAUGUUUCACUGCCAAAAAUCAGCAUACGCCGAGUUCGUCCUCGUGCUGCAGACAUUGAAGCGUGAUUCGUCGCCGUGAAUCAAGUAGUGUUGGUGUAAAUCCUUGGUCCUACAGCUACAGAUUUCAGAACUUAGCUUUCUGUAUUAGCAUACGCUAUACCAUUGCAAGACGCAGACUGGUCGGUGUGUAUGGUUGUUGUUAGUAAGCGUCGGUAUUAAUUCAAUAAGCAUUUCGCCGGCUCGGAGAGGAUCAGCUGUGGCUUUCUUUCCAGUCUCAGUAGUGUCGGUGUCACUGUCGAUGUAUUGCCGUUGGUGUGUGUUUGUAGCGCUUGUUGGUGGUAAGUGGUAAUGAAUCUAGAGUAAAACAAAUAAAAACGUUCUGCGAUUUCUUUCUGGGGUUUUGUUUUGCUGUUGUCUUGCUGUCAGUGAUGAAUCUGAGCAACUCAGCGGGGAAAAGCGAUGGAAAUUGUGUGGCGUCUGGUAGCAACGCGAUGCGGUCAAAUCGCGAUUGUUAUGGUGGUUGAAUUUUAACCGAAACUGGUGAAAAAGUGCGAGCAUUCGUUCCACUUUGCAGCUUCUUCAGUUAGUUUCUGGUCGCUGUUCGAGCAAGUGUGUUAAAUGGUACCGGUUAGAAGCAGUUGACGUGUGGAAAAUUUGUUUUUUUUUUUGUAAUCAGCCUGGUAGUUUGUUGGUGUCAAUGGAUAAAUAAAUUAAAAGGGUAUAUCCACAUAACAUCCAUAGCGGUGAAACAUCAAUUGAUCGGGAAAACUAUAAGCAGAACUGUGAUAUAUGAAACUGUGUGAUUAUAUUCGAACGCUGUAAGGGCAAAUUGGGGAUUAUUUUUGCCUUUAGUUUACAUAUAAUUGUGAUUAACGAUCGUCGAAAAGAAAAGUGCGAACGGCGGAACAAUAGUGAAUAAUUUAGCAGAGUACAGCAGUGGUGUGAACCAUUUUAUACUGUGAUAGUUAAUGGAGCUAUAGUAUGGAUCUGAUAUCGCUGCCGCCGUGUUCCCGACGUUUGGAAACCGGGAAAAUGGCGAACAGUUCCAGUGAACAUCACCAGUGUGCGAUGGGUGUAACCAGCGGUCUUUCGCCUACUACGACGAUUAAGAUCUCAACGACGUAUUUGAAGACACCGGUCAAAACGGAUCGGGAGAUCCUGGAGAAUUCCAUGCUGGAGGACGAUCCUAAUUCCAACACUCUACCCGCUAGUGCCGAUGCAAUGCGGAGCGAUGCAUCCUCCUCCGGAUCGAAUGGAAAUGGUGCCGACGGCACGAAGCGACCACGCUGGGGUCCGCAGCACAAAGGGGCCCAGGAACUGGCGAAACUGUACAGUAGCGGUAAACGCACUCAGGAAAUCAUCUGUGUCUACAUUUGCAUAACAUUGAUGCUGAUUAAUUUGAUUCUCAUCCUUAAACACUUUCGCAUCGAACGGGUGAGCAAAGUGGUGGUGGCGGCUGCUUUCGGCAUUCUUACCGCUGACUUUGGUUCCGGUCUAGUGCACUGGGGAGCCGACACCUGGGGAUCAGUGGAUCUUCCAAUUCUAGGAAAGAACUUUCUGCGACCAUUCCGAGAGCACCACAUCGAUCCGACGUCCAUUACGAGGCACGAUUUCAUCGAAACCAACGGUGACAAUUUCAUGGUCGCGCUGCCCAUUCUCGGCAAACUGGCGUGGAACUUUUUCACCCGAUCCAACUCCGAGAUUCAGCAGGAGUACGUGCUGAGUGCGUACCUGUUUCUGUGCUCUAUUUUCAUUGCAAUGACAAAUCAGAUUCAUAAAUGGUCUCACACCUACUGGGGUCUACCGAGGUGGGUACUGUUUCUGCAGAACCACCACAUCAUCCUGCCAAGGCGACAUCAUCGGAUCCAUCAUGUAGCCCCGCAUGAAACGUACUUCUGUAUUACCACAGGUUGGCUCAACUGGCCGCUGGAAAAGAUCCGAUUCUGGUCCGCACUGGAAGCUGUUAUCGAAACAUGCACUGGCCACAAACCUCGGGCUGACGAUUUCAAGUGGGCUCAAAAGCGGACAUGAUCAGUAAAAUGGUUUAGCAUCCUAGCCGGUAUGCGUGCGUCGUUCUAUUCCGUAGAGUAAUACGAGGGAGAAGAAGUGAGAGGCGUUUUGUUUGACGAAUUUCAAGGUGCAUUUCAUUUCGAUCAGAAUCGCAUGUAAAUGACGAUAAGGCUCUGAGGCUUUCAGUGUCGUUUGUAUUACGCUGGUUAGCAUGUUGUAAUUUACUAAAGCAAAUGUCGUUGUAUGAGUAAUGGUAAUGCGUAAAAUUAAUUUUAAUUUAGCUGCAGAGCAGAGAUUAACUGAACAGAACAGUGUUAAUAGAAAUACGAGAAAAGUCGAGUAAUUUUACAAAACAUUGAAAAUCUGUGUAGUCAUGAAUGUACGUAUGGAAGUAUGCAUUUGAAAAAAAAUAUUCGCAAAACGAUUCGGAUGAAAUGCACCUCGAAAGAUCAAACAAAUGUUAACCAACAACCCGAAGAAGGUCAUAACGAAACAAAACGAGGGAUAAACGAUUUUGAUAAAUUUUAUCUGUAGUGCUUAGGCAGAUUCUACCACAGUAAGUCAUGGCAAACUAUGUAACCAUUAAUGUAAGGUAGGUACGUGGUGGUAUUUUCGUUUACCAGACUUCGUACUUCUAACCACCAACAAGUUAUCACUAGUCGCUAGCUUUCCUGCCGACUGAGACAUUGUGAGACGUAAAUUCCACCACCUACCGAGUGAUAAAGCCACAAGUGCAUUUCUCAUCAACUCUGAGUGCUUUAGCGAUAUUGUGCUUCAAAUUGUGAGCACGAGCUUGAGUUUGAGAUGUCGUGUGAAUGGUCUUGGAUGUUUGGAACGAAUGAAAAAUGAGUCUAAUUUUGCAAUAUAAAUUUUUGCUCGAACGAAUAUGCAUAAUGUAAUGCUGCAGAACUUUACAACAUCAUGCGGAGAUCAUUUCAUUUUGCUAAAAAAAAACCACUAACAAUCUGAAAAUAAAAAGAUAACUGUUCAGCUAAGAACGGGCUGUGAAUGAGGUCCUGAUAUUGUUUACAGUAAUAUGAAAGAAAAAAAAACUGGAUUGUUAGGACAAUACCUCUCAUCGUGCAAAGAAAAAUUUAUAUAAACUAGCUGACUGAGAAAGAAUCAGAAAAGAGAUGCGUAUAUUUUUUGUUUUGUUCAAAAAGUUUGUGAGAUGAUGGAAUAAGCCGAAGCCUGAGCUAACGUUAAUGGAGCAGCUUUUGAAACAUUUCGUUUUCUGUGGCGUGCAGAAAAGUGACCAAAGUUUAUCCUUGAUAUGCCCGUAAAUUAAUGUAAUCGACUCAGAGUAAAUACUGUUGGAAGCAUUGAAAAGGUUGUUGAGCUUAGUAGAUUUAUCAUUGAAAUUUAAGUUUCCAAGCUUUAUUACUCAUACACUGUUGCAGCAUUUUAACAGUUUCACACAAUAAAGUGUUCACAUUUUGCGUCACUACUAGUCGAAGUAAAUAAUGAGAACAUGAUAGGAUAUAUUUUGCAAUUAGUAGAGGAAACACAUUCUGUUAGUUAAACUGGAAGUUUACUUUGAGCGCUAGUAAUAAAUUGCAGUCGGUUACUUGAUUAUAGCAUUAAGGCGAAUCAAAAAGGCACAUGUAAUAGAUAAGAAUAUUUUUUUAUAUCACUUGAUUCGCAGUCUCAAGUUCUGUCGCGUUUAACUAUUUUGCAUUUGGGUCAUUUCUUUCUAGAACCUCUUCGCAAGAAAGUUUGUUUUAGUGUGACAUUUUUGAAGCACAUAUUGUUGUGAGAAACUAAUUGAAGAAUCGAGAAAACAGGAUUUUUUACAAUAAGAGAAGGAGUAAAAAAAUAAUUUGAAUUCAAUAAGCGUGUUGCUGUGAGGCAUUCAUACUACUUGCGUUGAAAAAAAAAACAUUGAUUGAAACAAAAAUGUUCUACAGAAUUUGUUUAAGGUAAACAGGUUUAGAAUGAAAUGACCCACUUGCGUGUUAUGAACAAGGAACACCCAUGCAAAAAACUGAAUAAAUCU